ACUGUGACAAGCACUUCAAAUACAAAAUGUUAGCAGGGCAGAAGAGGGUGGGCCCUCGGAGGUCAGGUGUCUUCCUGCUGAACGCUGCUGCCACUGCUGGGAGGUUGGUCACAGUGAAGUCCAGUGUUCCAUGAGCGACAAGACCAGCUCCGUCCCGGCCAGCCGUCACACCCCAGUGUCUUCUGCUUGAUGGUGCUUCUCUGCCAAUGGAGCCACCUCCACCACCUGGGAAUGUUCCUGGCCAUCGGUCCCUGGAGUUCCUCGCCAUGACGCAGAUCACAAGGCACCCACAAAAGGGGCAAAGCCAGGAACCCUGUGCGAUGCACUCGCCCAGCAUGGGUCCCAGUCUGCACCCAAACCCACUGUCACUUCUGGGGGGGAACAGCCGCAGGAAGCUGUUGGCCCAUGGCCUGCCUGAGCUGCAUCCCAAUGGUAGAAUAACUGCCUGGGGGGCCAUGUGUGUGCCUUCUAUCGAGCUGGGACAAAUCUACAGGCCUGCAGUAACAGCCUGCCGUGCAGAACGGGCACCGGGAGGGCCCCACAUUCACAGACCAAAGGACAGCCCGCCUGGCAUUCCUCCACUCACACCCCAAACUCUCAGCCCUGCAGCCGGGAGGGGUGGUGCCCCCUUGCCCAUGCCAUUGCUCCUUCAGGGUCAGCCUCAGUCAGUGCUUUGUGAUAGGUCCUGCCCUGGAGUCUUGGUCAGGAGAGCAACCUGGCCCGAGACAGUCCAGAAGCAGCAGGGGAAAGAAAGGGGGGCAAAUAUUAAUGGGUCAGCACUCGAUGGCCAGAAGUCCCUGCUCUCCACCCAGCCUCACUGUUCUAAACCUCCAUCUGAAACCGCACCUCCAGUGACCUCAGAAUGUGCUGGGAAAGCGGAAUUCAUAAACCUGCCUCAUCUCAAUGAUUGUUUACAUUUUGCUGCACUUCCAGGAGAAAGGGAGAGCCCGCAGAGUGAGCCCACUGGGCAGGCAAGCAGCAACCCCCGCUGCGGGCCUCCCCUUCUGGACAAGAGGCCUGCCUGGUUGAAGUCAGGUGCCGCGCUGCCCUGAUGGGCUCAUGUGAGCUUCCUGGCUUCCCUGUGGGGAGGCCCAGCUCACACUCUGCUGGCAGGUGGGACAGCCACAUCAAAUUCCCAAGUGUCAGGGUGAGAGCGAUGUGGCCUCAAGCCCUGGUCAGCACUGUGUGUGCCCCCUCCUUAUCCUGAGGCUCCUGUCUGUAACCUGAGGGCUUUAUGUCACGCAUACCCCACCAUGUCAUGUAGAAGGUGCAGACUGAAACUGAGUCUGAAAAGGAAAAUGGAGCUGGCAUGAGGCUGGCCCGCACACGGACGCUCAGGCACUUGCUGCUGUAGAGGAGAGACAUUGUGCAGUGGGUCUGAAUGGGUCAGAAGCUGCUGCUGAUGCUAAGCCUGGAAGCCUCAGCCUCACUCUGUGCCUAGGAUGCCCAGGGCAGAGACUGCUAGCUUCAAGUGGGGGCUCAGUAAAGGCUGAAAGUGGCCGUGAUCUGAACUCCCCUGCCUGGCACACCUAGGGCGACCCACAGGUAACUGAGAAAGGAGGCUGGACUCCACUGCUCCCCAAAUAACAGCACAGAAAUAUUGAGUAGCAGGGCAGCGGCAGCGAGGCUCCUGGCUUGGCUGGCUGACUGAGGACAAGGCGUGGCUGGGUGAAAUCACAUGGCUGCCGAUGGUCUCGCCUGAAGUUGUGAAGGCUGUAAUCCAAGCCCCAGCCAAGCAAAAUUCUGCUGGGCUCCUUAGCUGUGAGCAGCGCCUGCUCCGGGCACAUCACCCUCUACAUGUGCAGAGGCCACUGCCCUUCCUGGGUGCCUGGGAGCUGUGUGUGUGUGUGUGUGUGUGUGUGUGUGUGUGUGUGACAGAGAGAGAGCCCCUCUGCCCGACCUCCACAGCAACCCCAUCUGGAAUGCGGAGCCACACAGGCGUCACUGGACUGCAGAGGCCGCUCUGAGGAAGCAGUUCUGUCGCACAGUCCCCAGAGCCCACAGGAGCUCUGCACGUGCUCGUGCACACACUACACAGAAGUAACUAAAGCAGCAAUUUGGUGUGGUGACGUUUGUAAAACGGAAAUUGGGCAAUGUCUCUGAUACUCUUUAGAGAGGUGGUUCUGUCGUCCUGCUGACAGUUGGGAGCAGUGGGAACGCUGUCCCUUGGAACAAUGUUAUCCACACCCGGUAUGCCUUUCUGUUUUCUUGGGGGCAGUGAAGGGGGCAGCCUGCCCACCCCAGUCUCAGAUCACUCAAGCCCUAUCCAACCGCCCAGCACCCAUCAGUGUCCCAAUCAGAGGCCCCCUUCUAUCCUGAUACUGUAACCAGAUCCCAGCUGUAAAUCAUCUAACAAGAAGGUCAGGCAGCUCACUCACAGGCACCACGGGAAACCCACCCUGGCCACUGCAGUAAGCGGGUUUGCAGAAAUGUUCAGAGCUCCAAAACUUCAGGAAUCACCACUGUCCUUUUAGAAAGUGAGAUGCAUGUACACAGGUUCCAGCCAGGUGAGACUGCACCUGCUAGUAACGGUCAACAGGUCAGCAAAGGUUAGCACCCAGCACCCAGAGAGUCCUUAACCUGUACUCAUGGCCAAGACUGGAAGACUUCCAUUUACGGCUGUCCCUGGCACACAGUACAAGGACUGUCACCGGUUCCCAGGCCCAGGCAGCCUGAAGCCUGCCAGCAGGCCUGCAAGGCUAGGAGAUAGCAGUGUCCCCUGGGUGCUGGGUGGGGCCCAGUCUACCUUUCCACCUCUGUCAUUCCAGGGACAACUCUGCCAGAAGCUAUCCUCAUGGCCAAUUCCAAAACCCAGAUUUAGUUUUACCUAAGUUUUUUGAAACUAAGUGGUAUAGUAGUUACAGAAGAAUUCUAUCUGGGGUAGCCGCUCCUGAUUUUUAUUUUAAAAGGUCCCCAACUUUGCCAUUAUCUGCUAGCAGAAGUCAAAGGUGGCUGAGCAAGGGACCCACGGUGCUGGAAACUGCAGCUGAAAGUGACUUUGUGUCGCCCCAGAUCUGCAAUGCUUAUGGAGAGGGCCUGAAGGAGGCACUAAUCUGAUGUCCCCUGUGUUGAACAGUCCCUGGGGUGACCUCCUGGCGGUCCAGGCAAGGUGUGGUCCUCCCCCCAGGAGCCUUCUUACAACAGAGAGAAGACGGUAAAGGAGAAGGAAGUCACAGCUUGCCCAUGUCAUUUGCCUUAUAUAAGAUUCGGCGCCCUGGAGAGAAAGACCCCUGGUGGCCUGGAAAAGAAAACAGCCAUGUGGAGGGACAGGGGUCUGCCACAGCUUCCAGGAGCAGAGUGUGGCCCCCAGCCGCAGGGGGCAGAGGGACAGGGACUCCCACACAUCCAGCCUAGAGAGACAGGCCCCUGUGGACACACGGUCCCUCCAGGGGACAUUCUUCGGCUGGGGACAUCCUCUGGGGGUAUUUCUCUUGGAAGGGGGGAUUCUCUGCGGGGAGAGAGGAAGACAUCCUUCCGAGGUACCCUGUCUGAUCUUCCGGGGAAACGUCCUCUGGGGGGCGGGUAGCCCUUGAGGACAUUUUCGGGAAGAUCUCCUAGGGUGGGCAUCCUUGCAAGACUGGGUGAGGCUAAUCCGCUUGGGUGGGCACCCAGGGGUUGGGGGGGGCGUUCGGCGAGGGGCAUCCUGCCGGGCGGACGUUGGGGCUUCUCCAGGAAGGAGGAGCGUUGUGCGCGGACGCGGGCGGAGCCUGGGCCGUUCCCCCCCCCCGCCCGUCCCACCCCGCCCCCCGCGCUUCCUCCGCUUUCGGUUUCGCUUCCGCCUCCAGAGCGGGCCCCGCCGCCGCCGAGCAUGGACGAUCCCGACUGCGACUCCACCUGGGAGGAGGACGAGGAGGACGAGGAGGACGAGGACGGCGAGGCCGCCGGCGCGGAGGACGCGGGGGACGACGACGAGGACGCGGAGGAGCCGCGGGCGGCGCGGCCCAGCGCGCUCCAGUCCAGGAUGAUAGGGUCCCGAAACUGGCGAGCCAUGCAGGACAUGUGCAGGUACCGGCACAACUACCCGGAUCUGGUGGAACGAGACUGCAAUGGGGACACACCCAACCUGAGUUUCUACAGAAAUGAGAUCCACUUCCUGCCCAAUGGCUGUUUCAUUGAGGACAUUCUUCAGAACUGGAAGGACAACUAUGACCUCCUUGAGGACAACCAUUCCUAUAUCCAGUGGCUGUUUCCCCUUCGAGAACCGGGAGUGAACUGGCAUGCCAAGCCCCUCACGCUCAGGGAGAUCGAGGUGUUUAAAAGCUCCAGGGAGAUCCAGGAGCGACUUGUCCGGGCCUACGAGCUCAUGCUGGACUUCUAUGGGAUCCGGCUGGAGGACCGAGGCACAGGCACAGUGGGUCGAGCACAGAACUACCAGAGGCGCUUCCAGAACCUGAACUGGCACAACCACAACAACCUCCGCAUCACGCGCAUCCUCAAGUCGCUGGGCGAGCUGGGCCUCGAGCAUUACCAGGCACCACUGGCCCGCUUCUUCCUGGAGGAGACGCUUGUCCGGCAAGAGCUGCCAGGCGUGCGGCAGAGCGCCCUGGACUACUUCAUGUUCGCCGUGCGCUGCCGACACCAGCGCCGGGAACUGGUGCACUUUGCCUGGAAGCACUUCCGGCCCCGCAGCAAGUUUGUCUGGGGUCCCCGGGACAAGCUUCGGAGGUUCAAGCCUAGCUGCCUGCCCUGUCUGCUCCAGGGCCCCAGGAAGGCGGAGGAAGAAGGAAACCCCAGGGACUCUGUCCACGAGGCCAGCACCCAGGGUCGGACCUGUGGGCCAGGGCACAGCAAGGGUGGGGACAGGGUGGACAAGGGGCCCCAGCCAUUGAGCGUGGAACCCCAGGAUGCGGGACCCCUGGAGAGAACCCAGGGGGAUGAGGCAGGGGGCCAUGGGGAAUAUGGGCUGGAGCCCCCCAGCCCCAAAGAGAGUAAGAAGAGGAAGCUGGAGCAGAGCCGGCGGGAGCAGCCCCCCACAGAGCCAGGCACACACACUCCCUCGGAGGUGGAGAAGAUCGCUCUGAACUUGGAGGGGUGUGCCCUCAGCCAGGGCAGCCUCAGGAUGGGGACCCAGGAAGUGGGCGGCCAAGACCCCAGGGAGGCCAUGCAGCCUUGCCCCCAACCCCGGGAAGCCAGGGUGGCUGACAAGGUGAGGAAGCGAAGGAAGGUAGAUGAGGGUGCGGGGAACAGUGCUGCUGUGGCCAAGGGUAGCACCCAGACCUUGGACCCUGCCAGGUCCCCUGCCCCAUUGGGGUGCCCCGAGGCUGGACACACUGAGAACCGGGUUGAGGAGGACACAGAAGGCACAAUGGGGCCCAAAGAAGGUGCCCCCGGGAGCCCAUCAGAGGGCCCAGGCCCCAGCUCUGCAGGCCCUGCAGGGGAUGAGCCGGCCGAGGCAGGGGAGGCAGCAGAGGUGCAGGACGCAGAGGUAGGGCUUUCCCCCAAGUCCGGGAAGCCUUAAGGAAAGGAAUGUCCAUCUCGGCGGCGGCAUGGCCUCACGGCCCUGCUGCAGGGGUCAGGGCCUCGGGAGUGACCUGCAGUGCCGUCCUCCUGUGGUGGCUGAUGCAGCAGCCACCAGCAGGUGCGAGGCCCCACCCUCAGGGAAGGCCACGGCCUGCACAAGUCGCCUGGCCUGGCUGUGUCUUCCCCGCCCAGCUCUUCCCUGCACCCCUGUCUUUGUAAAUUGUUCCUUUUGGGGUGGGGUGGGGUGGGGCAGGGCUGCUUUUCUUAGUCCAAAAAAAAGUGCCAAGCAAGGCCUUUUCUGAAUAAACUCGUUUGACUUUGA